AUGGGCUUCGACAGCAAGCACGCUCAUUUUCUCUUCUUCGCUGGCUAUAAGCGGCGGAAGAGCAAGACCAACAAACGAUCAGACUUGCCAAUGGUCAACGUCAACGUGCAUAAUAGUGCCUACGCCGCUCCCGCCAAUGUUUCUCAGAACGCUGGGAUGGGCAAUUCCCCGUUCGACAUGCCGCCUCAGGGAGACAUUCGACGAGGACGUCGGUACUCAAGCUAUUCGCAAAUAGGCUCGGACUCGUCCCUGGCAUCCGAGAGAGCCGAUCCGUUCCCGGCUAGUCCGGGAGAACCAAACCGUGACUCGCGCCCAGACAGAGCGGCCCCCGAGAACCGCAAUGGCCGUCGUCGGCAGUCAAUGAAUCCCAACCACCAACAUCACAACCCCAGCCUCCAGCGCAACUGGCCUGUCAACGACAGUAACCUUUUCAUGACUUUCCCUCAGUAUUUGUCCAUGAACCGGGCAUCCAACCACAGCUUCUUGCCAGUUUCGCCCGGGCCAGUACGCUCUGUAUCUGCAGUAGACUUCGACAAUCUUGCUACAGUGUUCCGGGUUGUCGAUCGAACGGCAGCGGAGAACGCUGCUGGACAGCAGCCGGCGGACAAGGAGUUUGUUAUUGUUUGCCCUGGCAGUCAUGUUGAAGAUAUGAUCCACAAACUUGCGCUGGGCGCUGAUAGGCCGGUACGGGUUUUUCUCCGUAGCCCCGACGGGCAUGAACUCGGGGGCCUGGAUUCCAUCUCCAGAGUCCUAGCCGGUGCCCAGUCUUUCUGGGUUGAGAUCAGUGACGAUGACUAG